AUGUUGGGGCGUGGGGUUCGGCAAGCGAUGCUGGCGGGGGGCUGGCGAUGGCGGGCGAUGCACUCACAGCCGGACGUGAGCGAAGUCGUUGAGCUGAGUACAGCAAGAGGAGGGGAAGUGAAGCUCGGAAAGCUCAGGCAGUUGGUCAAUCUCCCUCCCUUCGACGAGAUGUUUGGGAUCGCUCGCAAGAAGAUGCUAGCUUGCAUCGACGUCGAGCUCAGGAAAGCGCACAAGAAGAAGAAAUCGGAAUUGAAUGCCUUGGAUUUUGCAAACGUGCAUAAGCUGUCUCUCCUGGCGUUCUCCUCCUCCAUUUCCAUCCCGCUGGGAGAGGUGCUGAAGCAGAAUGAGAAUCUCCUGAAAGGGCUUCACGACUUUGAGAGGGUAGCAGCCGAACUGAUCUUCGAGGACUCGAGACGGAACAACGGUCAGGAGCUGGACAAUGCGACGGCAGGGAUAACGGAGCUGCGGAAGCAGAUUGUGUUCGACCUCAAGGAUGCGUCAUCCAAAAUAUCCAAGUUGAAGAACAAGGAUGAGAUCAUGCUUGUGCACAACACUGCUCUGCAGAAGUCGAAGGUACUGCUGGCUCAACACAACAACGACAUCAAACUCAUAAGGAACUACGUCAAGAGGUUCCGAUCUCUUCCUUUCAUCGAUCUGAGCGUACCUCUCUUUGUGCUCGUCGGAGCUCCAAACGUGGGAAAGAGCAGCAUAGUGAAGGCGGUCUCGACUGGGGAACCGGAGGUGGCGGACUACAUCUUCACCACCCGCAAGAUCUUGCUAGGGCACAUCUAUGACACUACCUAUGGAGGCUGGCAGUGUCAGGAUGGGUGGAGAGAGGGAGUGGGAGACGCGGGCGAUGCUGAGAUGAAGAUGGAGGUCAUGGACACGCCGGGGGUCUUGAGCCGCAACGACGAAGACAGGAACGUGAUGGAGAAGAUGACGAUUGCAGCAAUGGAGAACCUCCCGUCGAACAUCAUCUUCGUGACAGAUCUCUCAGAGACGAGCGGGUCGAAAUCAAAGUUGGAGCUGCAGUUGGCGCUGCGGCAGGACUUGAGGGGAAAGUUUCCGAAUAGAGAAACGGGAAGGAAGAGGAGAAACGAUUAG